AUGGCUAAUAAUUACUUAUCCAUCUCAGAUAUAUUAGUAAGCAAUGAAAAGGUACCCUGUAGAUUUUUACACGAUUUGCCAAAAUUAGGAUUUCUGGAUCCAUCGUGUACCGAGGAAGACCUUAAAGCUGGUACUAGUGUAGAAAUUCCGCUAUGGUUGGCAGAAUCUCUAUCCUCGAGAAGACCACCACUGGUUGCGGUUGAUCUACCAAAGGUUUACAAGGAAACAUACAGGGAAAUAUUCAAUGCCGACGCCUGCACUGUAGAUUUACAUAAAUUGGCCCAAUACUUCUUUGAACUUGGUUGUUAUGUAGCAAAAUAUGAUAUUAAAGGCGAAGUUGCAACUACAUUAGUUAAUACAUUUCGACAGCGAUUCAAGAUGAUCCUCUCAGCCAGUGUCUCAACAGAUUCUAUAAAUGCACUGCAACCUCUAUCUUCUAGCGAGAGAGAUCGUACUGCUUCUGCAAUGGCCUCCGAAAAGGCUUUGUCCACUUGGCUCAAAAGAGGCGAUUCCUUACUUACCACAGCUAAUAUGGUUGCCAAUCACAGAAAGAGGAAAAGAGCUGAAAUGGAAAUGCUUUAA